AUGUCUUUCUGCGGCCAACCGCCCACUCAAGACGACCCGCCUCGGCCGGUCGACGGAGGCGGUCGAGGGAUCCCGCUAAAUGCAACAGUUGGCCCGACAGGAGUCCAGGGUUCGUUGGGGCUGCUGCAGCCGAUCGCGCCAGCCCAGCAGCAUCAGCCGCCGCCAGCCAGCAGCGCCAAGCCGGCCGCCAAGCUGGGCGCCACGUGGGCGGACACGAGGGGCGCCAUUAACAUCGACGUCGACAACCUACUCGCACCCAGAUCGCCCAAAUCCGCCCCGGCGCCUUCCAUCAACCAGCUCAAGUCCAGCCCCAACAGCCCCUCUCACGCCCCCCCAACCUAUAUGCAGCCGCCCCCCCUCACCGCCCCCCUGAGCAACAACUUCAUGCAAGCUCCCCUCAACAACAACUUUAUACCACCCCCCAUCAACAACAACUUUGCCCGGCCCCCCUUCACCAACCAGGGCUCCUUCCUCCAA